AUGGCAAUAGAUAAGAUUAAAGAUAGAUCAAAAAACUGCUAAUGCACCUAUAAAUUGAUAUUUAUGGACAUUAAUAUGCCUGGAAUUGAUGGAUAUUAGACAUCUAAAGAAAUAUAGUCAAUUUUAUAGGAGAAUGAGAUGAGUACCAAUAUCAUAAUGUGUAGUGCAUUUGAUAGUAAGGAGAACUUAGAUUUUGCAUUUAAGAGUGGAAUGAAAGAUAUCCUCCCAAAGCCUAUAGAAACAUGUCGACUAAAAUAAAUAUUAUAUAAAUAUUAUUUCUGA